UGUUGCUAUGGUAACGGGGGCCUUCCGCUGGGGGCGGUGCGCAUCAUGGCGGCGCCCUUGUUGAGCGCGGCGCUGCGCGGCGCCUGGAGCGGGCGGGCCUUCAGCACCGCGGCCGCUCUUUGCAAACGGGCGGCCCCGCUGGGCCCGAUGCCGAACGAGGAUAUCGAUGUCAGCAAUUUGGAAGCGCUGGAAAAAUACCGCAGUUUCACUCGGUACUUCAAACUGGCAGAGAAGGAGAGCAGGAAGCCGCGGUGGUGGAAGACGUACCGGCAGUACACGAACCCCGAGCCAGGUAAGCCAAAGACUGACAUCAGCCUGCCACGUGAUAAGGUGCUGCGGGUAAGAGAAGUCAAGGAAAGGAAAAGAAUCCUGAAGCAGAACCACCAGAACAUCGAGAUGGAGAGAGCAGCACGGCUCCGGACCGCGCUGAUCCCUCUCGAUGAGGUCAGGGCAGAGUGGGAGAAGACCAGCGGCCCUUUCCACAAGCAGCGCCUGGCCGAGCACUGCGGGAUAUUUCGUGACUUGUUGCAGGGGGCCACCUUCACCCCCUGGGUUGGCUUGAAGGUGGGAUACAACCAGGAAGAUGAGCACCUGGUGCCAGUCUACUACGGGAACGUGGUGACUCCGUCGGAGGCUUCCAAUCCUCCUGAAGUGUCAUAUGAGGCAGAUAAAGGCUCUCUCUGGACUUUGUUGCUCACAAAUCCAGAUGGACAUUUAAGAGACACUGAUUCGGAGUACCUCCACUGGCUGGUGACAAACAUUCCAGGCAAUGAUAUCAAGGCGGGCAAGGAGAUGUGCCAUUACCUGCCCCCCUUCCCUGCCAUGGGCACCGGCUACCAUCGCUUCAUCUUCCUGCUCUUCAAGCAAGACCGGCCCAUAGAUUUCAGCGAGGAUGUCCGGCCCAAGCCAUGCUACAGCCUCAAGAUGCGAACCUUUAGCACCUUUGACUUCUACAGAAAGCACGAGGAUGACAUGACCCCAGCAGGGCUGGCGUUUUUCCAGUGUCAGUGGGACAGCUCUGUUACUUGGAUCUUCCACCAGCUACUCAAUAUGAGAGAGCCUGUGUUUGAAUUCGUGCGGCCGCCCGUUUACCAUCCUCCACAGUUAAAAUUCCCACGCCGGCAGCCUCUGAGAUACCUGGACAGAUACCGAGACUCCGAGGAGCCCACCUAUGGCAUUUACUAGGGCCCUGGUGUCCUCCUGUUGCUCUGGUGUUCGUUGCAGUGCAGGUCCAGCAGAUGGAGCUGUCGGCUUCCCUGCCUUCACCCUUCCAGCUGGGCGGUCAGGAGCGUUCUGCGCCUCUCGAAGGAGAGAGGACAGAAUCUCAGCCUCUUGGCUCUGAGUUCCACUUUGCUGGUGCUGCUGGAAAGCAUGCAGCUGAGGGCAGCAGGCAUCAGUGUUGGCAGCUGUAUGGGGAAAAAGGCUAUUUCAGAACAUGUUCGUGGAUGAAAACUAAUCCAUGUCCAGGCUGAAAUCCUGCUACUGGUUCUGUAGCAGAGCUGAUGAGUAGUGGCAGCAGGACAGAGUCCUCCAGAAAUGCCCUGCCUUGCUUCUCUGGAAGGAUCACCAUUCUCCUUUCACCUGCCUUUGAAACAAACAAACCAGGCCAACCUGUGUCUCCUUCCCUUUUCUGUGCUGCAGUUCAGGGCUAUGCCAGCUUUCAUUUCUGCAGUCCUUUUAAAGAGAUGAAUCAAAUUAAAUACACUCUGAGUGA